AUGGCGCCCGGAGCUGUUUCAGCAAAGGCUGCAGCGGCGCCUGCGCAAGGCUCUCCAAGGGGAGGUGGUGGCAGCGGCGGCAGCACGAAAAAAGCCACUUUGCACGAGGUGGCAAGGUGGCGGCCACGCGGUCGACUACCCUGCCUCUGUGGGGGCGUCACUAUGGCAGCCAUCCCUGUCUCUUCUGAGCACUUCACCCAAAUCAAAGAGCAGAAGUCUGGAGACCUAGAGGAGGAAAACGAGGAGGGUGAGGUCCAAAGAGUGGAAGCCCAGGAGGAUGCUGUCGAGGCGGAGGCCGAAAACAGCUGUGAGCUUCUGGAUGCCGGGUCCCAGAAAGAUGAGCCUGAGCUGCCUUUGUGGGUCCCGGUAGAGAGCGAUAGGCAGAUCCCGACCCUGCAGACCGCGCACUUGGAGUCCCAAGAUGUGCACCUACAGGGGCUGGGAUGGAUGAGCAUGCCACACUCUGAGGAGCUUUCAGUGCUAAUACCACAGGCAGAAAGCGUCCUACAGUUGCCAUCCGUGCUGCGGCGGGACCAAGAGCCCGAGCUCAACCUUCAACAUUGCAUGACCGUCAGCAUCCCGGAAGAGCUGAUGCAUUUUCACCUGCUGUGGGAAAAUGUGCUGGUGGCUGAGGAGGACCAAGAGUUAAUGCCAAACUUGGGGGAAAGCACAGCCCUGAGGGAGUCUGAAGAUGAAAAGGACCAGCUGCUGCCUGAGGGAGGGCCAGACAGGAAUGGAGAAGACAGUUUCCUCUUUGUGGAAACGAAACCGGAAGAUGAAGGAAGUGAAGAACUCCUUCUGACUAUUUCCCAUCUAAGCCUUGAAGAAGAGCAAAGCCAGCCAGAGCCAGAGCAGACCAGUAUGCCAAAAGAUGAUGCCACCAAACCUCGAAGGAAGACCAAGGGAAAACCUCGAAGCUUCCAGUGUGAUGCCUGCCCGUUCACUUCUUCCAAAUUGUCGACUUUCACUCGUCAUCUAAAAAUUCACAGUGAUGAGAGGCCACACCUGUGCCACCUGUGCCUGAAGGCUUUCCGCACCAUCACUCUCCUUCGGAACCAUGUCAACACCCACACAGGAACCAGGCCCUACAAGUGCGGGGACUGCGACAUGGCAUUUGUCACCAGCGGGGAACUGGUCCGGCACAGGCGUUACAAACACACUCACGAGAAACCCUUCAAGUGCUCCAUAUGCAAGUAUGCCAGUGUUGAGGCAAGCAAGCUGAAGCGCCACAUGCGCUCACACACAGGCGAGCGUCCCUUCCAGUGCCUCCAGUGUGCUUAUGCCAGCAAGGACACCUACAAGCUGAAGCGCCAUAUGCGGACCCAUUCAGGCGAGAAGCCUUAUGAGUGCCCCACCUGCCAUGCCCGGUUCACCCAGAGUGGGACCAUGAAAAUCCACAUGGUACAGAAGCAUAGCGACAAUGUGCCCAAAUACGAGUGUCCCCACUGCGCCACUACCAUUGGGAGGAAGAGCGACCUGCGCGUCCAUCUACGCAACAUGCACAGCCACAGCCCCGAGGAGAUCAAGUGUCGUUACUGCCCCGCUGGCUUCCAUGAGCGCUACGCCCUCAUCCAGCACCAGAGGACCCAUAAGAAUGAGAAGAAGUUCAAGUGUGAGCGGUGUGAUUAUGCGUGCAAGCAGGAGCGGUGCCUGACAGCACACAUGCGCAUACACACAGGAGAGAAGCCCUUCUCCUGCCUCGCCUGCGACCAGCACUUCCAGCAGAAGCAGCUGCUUACCUUGCACCUGAGGAAGUACCAUGAUGCAAGCGUCACCCCGGAUGUGCACCUGUGCCUCAAGUGUGGCAAAUGCUUUUCCCGCUGGAGUAACCUGCAGAGACACAGGAAGAAGUGUGACCCAGAAACUGAGCGGUUGGAGACUGAGAAGUUGGCCACCUCCAAAAAACGAAGACAGGAACAGAAGAUGCAGGCAGUGGAGGGAGGAGCAGCACCAGACAACGACUCUGCUGCCCAGGAGGGCGCCACCUUCCAGGAGUCACAGUGCCCUGGGGAGCCAGCUCAGGACCACCAAGGUGAAAGUGCAGCCAGGAGCAAGAGCCAGGAUGAGGAGCUGACCUGCGAGAUGAUCUUUAACAUGAUGGAUAAGUGA